AUCCAUACAAUUUCUAUUACUGGGAGCCUGAAGUGAAAUCCACGGAUCAGCUAGAUUUCAAACACCACAAUUACAAGGAAAUGCGACGGAUGAUGAAGAUGGUGGCUGCUCGCUGCCCAAACAUCACACGUUUGUACAGUAUCGGCCGAAGUUUCCAGGGCCGCAAAUUGCACGUGAUGGAGAUGUCAGACCGGCCGGGGGAACACGAGCUUGGGGAGCCGGAGUUCCGCUAUGUGGCUGGGAUGCACGGGAACGAGGUGUUGGGGCGGGAGCUGCUGUUACAGUUGAUGCAGUUCCUUUGUGAGGAAUACCUGAGGGGCUCGGCCCGUAUCGUCCGCCUCCUCCACUCCACCCGCAUCCAUCUCCUGCCCGGCCUCAACCCCGACGGCUAUGAGCAGGCCGCCAAGCUGGGUUCUGAGCUCUCUGGGUGGGUGACUGGACGAUGGACGUUCGAAGGCUAUGAUAUGAACCAUAACUUUGCCGACCUGAACUCCAUCCUGUGGGAAGAGGAAGAGCGCUGGCCCGAUCCCAGCCGUGUCCUCAACCACUACAUCCCCAUCCCUGCUUACUACACCUCGCCCAACGCCUCCGUUGCUGUUGAGACACGAGCGAUGGUGAGAUGGAUGAAGCGAUUGCCGUUUGUGUUGGGGGCGAGCCUGCACGGGGGGGAGCUUGUGGUCACGUACCCAUUUGACAUGACGCGGUGGGGGGCUCUGCGGGCUCUCACACCCACCGCAGACGAUGACUUCUUCCGCUGGCUGGCGCUGGUGUUCGCCUCCAGCAACCUGGCCAUGGUGAGGCCUCGCCGGCCCUGCCACACAGAAGACUUCAGCUACCUCGGCAACGUCAUUAAUGGUGCCGACUGGCACACUGUGCCUGGGA